GGUACUGUAAUUUGUAAAAUUCUGUAAUUCUCUAUUCACUGAACUGUAUUGAUUUGAAAAUUAUUUUACCUUUUAUAAAAACAGAAUGUUUCGUCGAAGAAUUGGAAUAAAAGUGAACAGGCCAUUUAUAAAGGUCAAGAUUGGGACAGGUCGUCUUCUCGUCAGUUUCUUUAUGCUGUACGUCAGGCUGUCCAGGAAAAUGGUGUUAGAGCCACAAAUUUACCUUUUGAAUUAAAUGAUGUUCCAGAAGCACCACAAAUAUUAGGCCUACAUGAACAACCAUCAUGCCAAUUGAUUGAGCACCAUAAAAGGAAAGAAAGUGAAGUAAAUGACUGGCAAACUACCCGAGACUUUAGUAAUUGAAACCCUGGUUAAUAAUUGGAUACCACAUAACUUAAAGUGUUGUACAUGCUUUGUCACCUUAGACGAUAAGUGUACAUUUUUUCGUUGCUUGGAUUGUGGACCAGAUUCCCUUUUUUGCGAAUCCUGCUUACUAGGAAUUCAUGAAAAAAAUAUCUUGCACAUAUCUGAAAUGUGGAAGUACGGAACCUUUUUGCAACAUAGACAAGUGAAAAAUGUGGAUACCGGUCACUCUUCAAGUUGUGGUAUAAGUAUCUGGAGAAUUGUAACAGUUUUUGAUGACAAAGGAAGAUGCCAUAAUUUGAAUAUAAAAUUUUGCUCUUGCGAGCAUGAAGUUGCUACAAUGGUUAAAUUGAGGCUCUGGCCAGCUUCAGCGAAAUCUGUGAAGGUUGCCUUCACAAUUGACCUAAUGAAAUGGAUGGAGAUUUUACUACUAGAAUGCCAAGUGUCCACUAAGGGUUUUUGUGAAGCACUUAAAUUAAAGAAUGAUCUUCAACCAUUUGAGGUAAAUUGGCUUAAAGAAUUGGCCCGCAAGGAAACUGUGUAUGAAUUUCGCCAAGCUUACUACCAACUUAGUAAAAUAAGCAAGUCUGAUGAUGUACUUUGCCCUGCUUGUCCAAAGGAAGGUGGAACAAAAUUUGUGUCUUUAGAUGGAAACUUUGGCCUUAUCAGGAGGAGAAAAGCAGGGGACAGCUUUGAGCCACCCAAGCAUGAUGGCAGACUUUUUAUGCGUGAUAAAGAAGUUCAAGAAUUUGUUGGUUCCUAUAAUGAUUCGUCAUCAGGCGCUAAGGACUGUCAUCGAUUCAAGGCAGGUGAUAAAGUGCGUUCGAAAUCCAGAGCAUCAAAGAUGGACAUUAAGGGUGUGUUGGGAUGUGUUUGCAGACAUGAAUCACCUAUCUUGUUUAUGAAUUUGCAGCACGGAGAGAGGUUGGCUUACCCUGUUCUCCUUCUGAAUAAAUUGUUGGACAAAGCAGCAGCCAGUAAUCAGAAAUUAAAUGUGACCUAUGAUAUUGCCUGUGUUCUCACUUCUCAUUUAAAGAAUCGACACCAGCAUGAAAUGCUGAAUAAUCUGAAGAUGACAAUACCAAUAUUUCAUUGUUAUGGACAUAAAGCUUCAUGUCAGGUGGAAUUUAGUCAGAGGAGAACGAAACAAUUUGGACUUACUGAUGGGGAAAGCAUUGAAAGACUCUCGUCUUAUCUUCGACGUUUUUGUAAGAUAACUAAAGAAAUGACACCAUCUCAUCGAGUUGAUCUGUUAACUGAUGCAUUACUGCAUUAUGCGAAGCGAAAAGAAAGAAACAUAGGUAUGAUGCUCAUGCAGAAGCAUAAAAAUGCUAAAACAGUUCUGAAGACUGCAGAGAAAAAUCAUGCUGACAAAAUCAAGUCCAUUAAUAAAGUCAUCGAUCAAAACACUAUCCGAAGAUGGAUUGAUGAGGAAAAGGCAGCACUCUGCAGCAAACGUAACACAGAUAAAGCCCCAUGGGAAGAGACAUAUGUUUUUCAGCUUGGUCAAUUGGAUUCUUUGAGAAGCAACCCAGAUUCAUCAGAGCAAUAUACAAGUUUACACAAGUCUGUCUGCAACUUAGAAAAAUCUAAUGGAGUUACCAAACGAUGGAAAAAAGAUGAUGCAAAGUUCAAAUCAGCACAUAUUGCUCAACAACAUAGGUGCAGAAUCAACUGCCUAGACAAAAUGAGAGAAGUAGCAAAGGAAAGGAUGUUUCUUUUGGACUUGAAAAAGAAGUAUUUUGAUGGCCAGACUGUUGCUAUUAGAAUCAGUAGACAGAUAAGCAAAACAAGUGUCAGUUUGAGAAAGCUACUUGCUACAUACAAGACAUUUGAUGGUGCUGAACAUACUACAUUCUCAGAUGUGUCCAACCCAGAAGGCAAUAUCUACCUACCAGCUUGUGAGACCUCCAAAGAUGAUAUUCCAUCAACUGCAAAAAGAGAGAUUAUUAAACUACAUUAUUUGAAAGAAAGAGCUACGGAGGAAAUUAUUAUGGUUGAACAUGAAAUGGAGAAUGUUAUGAAUUACUAUUUGAAUCAGCAUACAGUGCUUCAUAAACAGAUUACAGAGGAAAAUGUUGCAUAUGGCAAGCGUUCGUUCCUAAUCUUUAAUGCAAUUAUUCUUGAAAGGAAGUUAAAAAGCUUGGAAACAUUAUUCAAUAAAUUCAUAACAACACCAACUGUUCCAAAUACCACAGAUUAUGAAGAUGUUCAUGUUGUUGAUGUAGGUUGUAUUGAUUAUGAAGGUGAAUCCCUGAAUGACCUGAACCAGGAUUUAGUAGAAGAAAAUGAGGACAGUGAGCAAUACAGUAGUGAUGAAUGUUUAAGUGAUGAAGAAUUUUCUUCUGAUUAAAAAUGCUCUGGCAGACAUUAAUCAAAAUAUUGCCAUCUACAAUAUGAAAUAUGAAAUGGGGCCAAAUUUUUAAUUUUUUAGGAUGAGAAUAAAAAAAUUAAAGGGGUAAAUUACUGUAAUAUGUUGCUGGAAGAAAUUAAUGUGACGAAAAAAAAGUAGAAUAAACAGUAUUUUGCUAUCUAUCUCAAAGUAUAAAAAAUGUGAUUAAUUUAUUAACAUACUAUAUGCUUGCGAAAGGACAUUGUUAUUUGAAACAAUUAUUAUUUAUAUAUUUGUAAUUAAAGUGUCUUUUAACUGUAAAGUAUUAUAAUAAUUUUCUUGGGCAGCCACCUUUGUAAUACAUGAUUUUCAAAUAGAACAUUAACCAUUUUAAAAAUCUAUUUUUGAAAAUUACAGUAUAGUCAAAAUGUUUGACAUCAUACAGCUAUACCUCACAAACUAAUGUGGCUACUUCCAUGAUUAUAUAUUUUUGAUAUUUGUUUUCUAAUAAAAUGUACAAAAUGUUAUCUCCCUUUAACAUAAACAUCUUUAUAAAUGUUUUGAGGUAUACCGUAAAGCUUCUAAUAGUCACCCACUAAAAACAAAGAAUAGUAACCCCGGAGUUACUAUUAGAAGCUUUACAGUAUUCUUCAAAUACAUUUUGGUUGUAUGCUGGUAAUUUUCAAUAAACUGGUAUACAGUAGUUGUGUAAGCACUAUAUAGAAAUAAAAAAUAGAAUAAACAGUAUACCCAAAGUUUAAAAAAUGAAUUAAUUAUUGUUUUAGCAUUUGUACUAUAUGCUUGUAAAAGGACAUUGUAGUAUUUCAAUGAAAAUUACAGUCUUGUCAAAAUAUAGUCCCCCUACUCUAAAAGUAACCCCCAGAAAACCAAUCAAAGACUAGUAAACGUGGGGUUACAAAUAGUUGCUUUAUGGUAAUCUUCCAAAUGCAUUUUGGUUGUAUGCUGGUAAUUUUCAAUAAACUGGUAUAGACCUACACUAUGUCACUACAGUAUAUAUA